AUGGUCGUCGACUUUUUGCGGGGCAGGACGGAGUCGACGCGCGGUGCAGGGAAGGUCAGACCAUUUUGGCCAUUUUGGCCAGGCGCUCAGGCUCUUGACGAACGGCACGAAUGGGACGGCACUCAAGAACCUGGGCAGUUGGUCGAGAUGGUCGGGAUGUGGAAGGCUUUGGACUCUUGGGUGGCCUGGAAAGCAACUCUGGUCUCACGGCAAUCAGCCCAGGGCAAGCGGAAAAUAGACCACUUGUACGGGAAUGAAACCGCGGCCUCGGAAAGCAAUGGUCCCGCGCAGGACCGUGUCGACUCAGGCGAAACGGGUCUUACGGAAGGGCAGAUUGCGCCUUCCGCCGGAGAACUCGGAGAUGUAGAGGAGCUCCUUGGCUUGCACCAGGCACUUAAUGGCGACUAUAACUACCUCCAUGCCAAUGAUGUGCGACAAAGUCGGGGGGAUGAAUGUCUCCAAAUUGUUGAGAAAGGUGGCAGCGUACCUGCUGUUAGAGGAUCAAAAUGUGAACCAGGCGGCGUCGACCCACAACAUGCUUCUCAAGACAAUUACAAUGAAAGCAGGGAUUUGGUGACGGGACACAUUCCUGACUCGUAUGAACAGUUCGUGGAGCCUGAGGAAUGGCUUGGAUUGUACGAAGCGGUGUCCAAUGGUACACCAUAUCGGAGGCUCUUCAAGGCACCGCAACCCAAGGAUUGA